AAAACGAUGUGCACUAAAAGUUUAUCGUGCAUUCUGUGUGGACAGCCAAAUUUCCCAAACAUCGAUGCACUGCGCGUUAGUUUACUGAAAGUGACGGCACGUCCGCUGAAAUGUCCGAUCUGUGGUGAUGAGCUGCUCGGUUUGGACAAGCUUACGAUCCACCUGUUCGGCCAUUCGUUGCUUGAGGAUCAACAGAGCGAUCAGUCGGCGCCACCGAUCCAGACGAUGGCGAAUGAUGAAGUUACCAGGGCCAAUAGUAAUACAACCUUUGCCUCGAGCUCGUUUAAAACGCUUCGCAAGGUGCGUAAAAAGGUAACGCUCGAAACGGAAGUGAAGCACCCGAGCGGUGUUGACGGCAGUCAGGCAGGGAAAGUGUCGCCAGCGUUUGAAAAUAGCCAGUACGUCUCCUCCAACGCAAACCACUGUUCCGAGUGUGAUGUCGCAUUUCGUAACGCGGCACUGCUCAAAAUGCACCGGGAGGUUUUCCACGACAGUAGCAACAUCGUGCCCGGAACGGGACGGGACGGUGCAUUCGAUAAGCGCUUUCACUGUCACAUCUGUCCGAAGGAGUUUAAAAUGAAGGGAUCACUCAAGAUACACAUGCGUGUGGUGCAUGAUGCCGGUUCGAAGAAGAUCUGCUUGGAGCCUACUGCUCCUCGAGCAACCACAGACACCAUGAUGACAGCGAGUGUAUCUGACCAAACCACAGCCAGAGAAGUCUCUGUGGAUAGUCGGGCUACAUUGGUGCCGUUGCCGAUGAUCAAUCCACAGCCAAAUUUAGCUCUCUUUCAAUCGAAGGACCUGAAUGCGUCGCAACUUGCUCCGGAAGCUCACAUCAUUCAAAUUAUCGAUCCUCGACAGCUUGCACAAGUAGUGUAUCUUCCACCGAACAAUACCUCCCAGCAGGUUAGUCUUCCUUCACACACGAUUGUGCAGGAUGCAGGAAUGUCUCCGCAGCAAGGAAGGGAUAGUUUUUCGCUGCCCUCAUCUCCCCAACAGCAGCAGCAGCAGCAGCAGCAGCAAGGACAUGAAAAUGCCAAGCAAUGGGAGUGUGAUGUUUGUCGAAAAUCUUUCACUACCAAGUACUUCCUCAAGAAGCACAAUCGUCUACACACAGGGGAGAUGCCGUACACCUGUGGGAUCUGCCACAAAUCUUUCACCUUUCAGCAAUCCUACCACAAGCAUCUGCUUUACCACAGCGAUGAAAAGCCGCACGUGUGCUCGGUAUGCAAUCGUGCCUUCAAGGAACUAUCCACGCUACACAACCAUCAACGCAUACAUUCCGGUGAAAAGCCAUUUGCCUGCGAAACAUGUGGUAAAUGUUUCCGGCAGCGUGUAUCGUACCUGGUUCACCGACGGAUACACACCGGACUGAUGCCGUACAAGUGUUCCGGGUGUGACAAAAGCUUCCGCUACAAGGUGUCCCAACGCACCCACAAAUGUCCGGCGAGCCCUCCCGGAACGGUGAUGCGUAAAACGGGUGAUCUUUUGCAGAAAUUACUUCAAUCAUCGUCCAUUCUUCCGGAAAGUUCUUGCACGCCGCAGCAGGAGGAUAAGGAAACAAUAUUUAUGACAGAUGAUGGUCCACUAUGCAAUCCGAUCGGCGAACCUACGGAGGAAGAUGUGAAACAGACGGCGGAUUAUGUGAACCGCACCCUAGAUGAGCUGGUGAAGGGAUCGUACGAUAAGCUCGAUAUCGGGAACGCUACGACGUCCUCCCUGCUGUACGAUCAUCAACUCCAAUCUCAACAAUUGUACGGUGACCCAGGGAUGGCUAAUCUGCUGCGCCCAUUAUCAGACCAACCGCAACCGCAGUCGUCGGGUGGCAGUGAACCAAAUUUUCCCCGCAUCGAAAGUUUGUGUCUUCUCUCGCCGAGUGCUUUCGACGGUGGUCAACUGGAAGAUUUGGAAGGACUCAAGCUAGAUAAUGGUUGGUGA